ACUAAUUUCCCUGAUGAUCUAAACUCCGAGUAAGAGGAAGCUCGUUUCUUCUGGAAGUAAAGAUACACACUUUAACGUUUUGUGAGGACGAUGGGUAUGCAUGGAAGGCUCUAGCAUUUUUAAGUUGCAUUUCAAGGAGUUCUUAAGGAAAUUGUGAAAGCUUCGUGCGCCAAAAUUUUUGUAACACCUAGAUUGUGAAAAUCCUCAUUGACAUGGUGGCUCUUAUGCAUCGUGGGACAAGUUGUUGAGAUCAUUCGGUUACCGCAUGGCUUCCACGCAACGGCUGCGGUGACCAGAGGCUUAAGGCCGUCGUGCAGCUUCGUGCAAAUAACAUGCUUAUACGUAACCAGUCACGUGACACGUUAGAAACAACAAUAAAUAUGGUUGCAGUGUUUGGAUUUGAAUAAACGAAGAAGCCAUAAAGGCUAGACGAGUCUCUUGAGAGCAAAGUUGCCCAACAGAACUGGGUAUUCAGGAAAAGAAAGAAAGAAAAAGUAAUUAGAUCGCAGAUAAAAUUUACAAUUGGUGAUAAAACUAUUGAGAGGCGGAUUGUGACGGAUAUUUAAUCAUCGACCCACGAUUGUUCGAUAGCAAUCACAGGAUCACAGAGCGUAUAAAUAAAGUUGAACAACCGUUCCUUACCAGUUCAAAUCAGAUGAGUUCAUUCUAUAGAGGACAUUAAAUGUUGUUUUUGUCAGUGUGCCAAAAUUGAGGGUAAUUAUAGACGCUCGAUCGUUUUCGGAGGAUUUUUGUUGGCCGUGCAAUACGUAAUUUUCAUAGCAGUCGCUGGGUUUUUUGACCUGACAGCCAAAAUAACUCGCUUAACAUCGUACCAACCCCUUCGGGAUUACUUGAGAAUGGGGUCUCGCAUCUCUUCAACAAAAAGGACCAUCGAUCAACAAAAUGAUCGUAAAGAGGCAACUAAAUAUCGUCGUCGACUCAAGGGAAAGAAAGACGUACUCAAUCAAAACGGAGAUCAUUCUACACCUAGGCCAAGGAAACUUGACAUUCUACUCGAUAGGCCUAUGUUGUCAAAGCAAACACAAAUAGAGCAUGGUUGGAAUCAAGACGACAGGAGUAUGAACAUUUAUGUCAAGGAGGAUGAUCCACUAACACUUCACAGGCAUCCUGUGGCUCAAAGCACGGAUGGUAUAAGGGGAAAAGUCGGGUUCUCAAAGGGCCUACAUGCUUGGGACUUCCACUGGGCAACAAGACAGCGCGGAACUCACGCAGUUAUUGGUGUUGCAACGAAGAAGGCUGCCCUUCAUUGUGCCGGAUAUCACUCGCUAGUUGGCAGUAAUUCGGAGAGUUGGGGAUGGGAUUUAGGGCGAAAUAAACUCUUCCACAACGAAAAAACAUUUGUUGGAAAAAGUUAUCCAAAGAAUUUAGGACCUGAUGAAACCUUCGUUGUACCAGACUCGAUAAGAAUGAUCCUAGAUCUUGACGAAGGAACUCUAGCUUUCGAAGUCGAUGGACAAUAUUUAGGCCCUGCCUUCAGAAAUUUGAAAGGACAUUGUGUUUAUCCUAUGGUCUCAGCGGUUUGGGGUCAUUGUGAAGUCACUAUGAAAUACAUUGGAUGCAUUGAUUCUGAACCGCUACCACUAAUGGAUCUGUGUCGAUUCCAAUUGCGUAAAACCAUUGGCAAAGAGAACAUGUCAAAGGAAUUGCUGGAUCUGACCGAUUUGCCCAUGGAAUUGAAAAAGUACUUGGUGUACGAGUCAUGAAACAAGACACACUUCGCGUGCAGUGAGCGUGGUAUCCCUGCCCGGCCGAGCAGCCCUUCAUAAGCUGUAGACAAUGUGAAUCAGUAGCACGCCAGUUGCAACCCUGUUUUCAGUACAAGAAGAUCAAGAAAAUUAACACAACCAAAACUGAUGGUGAAGCAUCGUUUAAGACGUGUGGCGUGCUGCUUUUGCUUCGAAAGCAUGCACAGAAGAAAGGACAGUUAUAUUGUUUAGGGUCAUGCAUAAGAUGACUUGGACUCGUUUUUGUUUUUUUAGAGGAAAAUCUUUUCAUACAAUUAUUUAUUAUUGAUCAAACGCGAAUUCUUAUUUACUUGACCCGAAUAGUCCUUUCAUCGUUACGUGUGGGAAAGCAGGCACCAGGUCAAAUCGUGGCUGUUAUGAUGCUAUGACCUUUUCUUUACGACAAUGCUUCUUUCAAAAUGUUGGAUUUCGAUUACAUUUAUAGCAACAUUGAUUCAAAGAGUAUUUCAGAUUUGAAAUUUGACCACCUUCUAUCCCACCGACGUAACAUUUGCUUAGGGCCUUCUACUUAGGCCAGAUUGGUCCUAUCCUACAGCCUGUAUUAUAGAACCGUCGCAUUUGACAAGGCUUUAUGAUAUGUUUCUAAUAUCAAAUUGAUACUCGUAGAUUAGAGUAAAUAACUUUCACCAUUUGAAUUUAUAUAAAAAAUAUGAUAAUGCAGAGAGAUUAAUGAAUUUAUUUCAGGUUUAAGAGAAGCAAUUUAAUAUUAUUGUUAUUAUUAUGGUAUUGUUGUUGUAGUAUUUUCAAAUCAGAAUUUUAUCUUCACGUUCAUAUUUCUAAUUUCAACACAACCUGCGUUUAACAGGGACUGCAUUAGAGGGGGGCCAGAGGGGCAUACCCCCAUUUUAUAGUUAAGUAUAUUGCUAAUAACUGGCUUGCUUUUUCUUGAAUUCCGAAUCGCGGUCCCUGUUUUAAGCAGUAGCAAUGGCAGCAAAAACUAGAAUUUGUGUUCGAUAGCACACAAACACAUUUUUACACAGGGUGAUUUGCGCCAAAGCAAGCAUCAUAAAUGUGACAUAAAAACCAAUACAGUUUGUUAAGUGUUCUCUUUUAAGUAAAAUUUCCAUGCAUAAGAUCUUCAUGUCAUUAAUUUAUUGCAAAAUAUUUUCCACACAAAUUUUCUGUUUAUAAAGUUUUGCCCAUAAGGUUUUGCCCAUUAGAAACUAUUAUUUUUUCACAACACAGAACUUGCCUCCCCAAAACCACCUUUAAAAGGCAUUGUAUAAAGAGAAACUAACUAGAUGUUUUAUAAGCAAAGUGCUUCAUGUGUCCAGUUCUUGUGUUUAUAUAGGUUGGGCUAUAUUGCUGCCAAAUUUUGCUUCUUUAUUGUAAAGAUCAAGUUAAAUUUCCUGAAAUUUAUUUAAAUUUGGUAAUUUUAUUGAGUUAAAUUAUAUUUAAUUCAUUUUAAGUAUUUUAAGGAGUUUGAAUUCGGUUUCAAAUUGAACAAACAGUUUUGAGAGA